GCAGAGCAGGCGCAGCUGCCUCCGGCGGGAGAGGGCGGGGAGGGCCAGGCUCAGGUCGAAUGUGAGGAGCAGUCCCAGCCUGUAGCAGAGAGUGCAGAGGCAGCGAAUACACCCGCUGAGGGCGCAGAGGCAGUCAAAGUUCCAGCCGUUGAGGGUUCAGAUGCCGCGCAGCCGCCUGCCGAGGGUGCAGAGGCGAUCCAGGCUCCAGGCGACGACGCGGGCACCGCCCCGCCCCCUGGUGAAGGAGCGGAGGCGGCUGGGGACGCCGCCGACGGUGAAGAGAAGGUGCCAGCGCUCGUGAAGGUGGUCCAUUCGGCCCGCAGCGUGUUCCGGCAGCGGGAUCAGAAGGAGUACGACCCGUUCACAGCCCACCUAGAGCGGCGCAUCACGAAGCUGUUCGAGGCGCUGGAUACGGAGGGAACGGGCCGGGUGGACGUGCACGAGCUGGGCACGCUGAUCCGCUCAGUCGGCUGCUGCCCCAGCGAGAGUGACCUGCAGGAGAUGGUGACCCAGCUGGAGGAGGAGGGCCAGCCGGGCCUCAUCCGGCUGGAGACCGUCAUGCCUUACAUCAUCCAGUGCGUCGAGGACAGGAAGUAUCCGUCCGCCACCGCCGAGCAACUCCUACAGGCGUUCGAGGUGCUGGCCGAAGAGCAAGAGGGCUUGGAAGAAAUCGUUCGUGGGCCGAGCGGACCGGCCAAGAAAGAGAAGAAGGAAGAGGAUGAGGGCACUAUCCCGCAGGACAAGCUGGUGCACAUUCUGACGGAAGAGGGCGAGCACUUCAGCCAGGAGGAGGUGGAGGAAAUGUUGUCCGUGGUGUCGGCCUCUGACUCAGCUCGAGUCGACUACACCGAGUUUGUCAAGCAGCUGGUGGUGCCGGAGCUGUGGUGACGCGCUUCGAGCGGACAGCACGUGUCAAAGAUGCCACCCAGGUGACCUUAUGCUGAGUGCGUCAUUGUGGGAGGACUGAGGCAGGGAGGAUGACCAUGAUGACCUGA